CUUAGUGGAAUAGGGAGGUGCAGGCAGUAAUUACGGCGGGGUAGAAGCAAAGCCAUCUUUGGGUGACAGUGAGUAGGGGACGCGCGUGGACAACCGUCGUUUCGAGGAGAAAGAAAACGGAAGAAAGUGUGGUUGGUGUUUAGCGCCGUACCGGUAUCCACAACCAUGAGGAUCGUUCGCAGAGACAUCGUUCCCAAUGGACCUGGUAGCGUUAAGAUGGUGGCGGUGGAUUCCGAUGAUCUGUGGUUUGCGUAUAACUUGAUUGCUCCCGGAGACUCUGUCAUGGCCGUUACUGUUAGGAAGGUUGUUAGAGAAGCUGCUCAUGGCGGUCGAGAUGCAGAGCGUGUUAAGCUCAAACUGGAAAUUAAAGUCGAAGAGGUUGCUGAUUAUGACAAAGAAGGUUCUAUUCUGCGUGUUCGUGGAAAGAACAUUUUAGAGAAUGAACAUGUCAAGAUAGGAGCUUUCCAUACUCUAGAACUUGAGCUGCAGCGACCGUUUGUGGUCAGAAAGGAUGUUUGGGAUUCUUUGGCUUUGGAGGUGCUACAGCAGGCCUCUGAUCCUGGUGCAAGUGCUGAUCUAGCUGUGGUGUUGAUGCAAGAAGGAUUAGCUCAUAUCCUCCUUGUUGGUAGAAGCAUGACUGUUACUCGAUCACGGAUAGAAACAUCUAUUCCUCGCAAGCAUGGGCCUGCAAUUGCUGGUUAUGAGAAAGCUUUGGAUAAGUUCUUCGAGAAUGUUAUGCAGGCUUUCUUGAAACAUAUUGAUUUCAACGUGGUUCGUUGUGCUGUAAUUGCAAGUCCAGGAUUUACAAAGGAUCAGUUUCAUCGUCACUUAUUUUUGGAGGCAGAACGAAGACAGUUGCGACCAAUUAUUGAAAACAAAUCACGCAUCAUUCUUGUGCAUACAACUUCAGGAUACAAGCAUAGUUUAAAGGAGGUUUUGGACGCUCCAAAUGUCAUGAAUUUGAUAAAAGAUACCAAAGCAGCACAAGAGGUUCGAGUUAUGAAGGAUUUCUUCAACAUGCUUUCAAAUGAUCCAUCCCGCGCAUGCUAUGGAAUGAAACAUGUUGAGGUUGCCAAUGAACGCCUAGCUGUACAAACUCUUCUCAUUACAGAUGAUCUUUUCAGGAAUUCAGAUAUAACAACAAGACAAAAGUUUGUUAACUUGGUCAACUCUGUUAAGGAUUCAGGAGGAUCUGUCCAUGUAUUUUCAUCCAUGCAUGUCUCUGGAGAGCAACUAGCCCAGAUAAGUGGCAUUGCUGCAAUUCUUCGGUUCCCUCUCCCUGAUCUUGAAGACAUUGAGAUGUGAUGUACAAUGUUGGUCAAGCAUGUUCGUGUUGGCCGUGGCUCUUGUCUGUUUUAUUAUAUUCGGUUGAUGUUGCAACAGUCCCUGAGUACUCACUGCGGAUUGCUGGAUAAAUGAACAAGGGACUUGUACUAUAAACCACACAAUGCUUAUUAAUUGUUGUAAGUCAUAUUUAUCACCCACCCAGUGUUCCAUAUUUUUGGGUGAAUUCCUCUGCUCCUUGGUGUUUAUGUUUUGAAAAUUGAUACUUUCCAAUUUCCCAUCAUGUAUACGAAUCUGUUGAGUAAUUAUGAUUGUAAACAGUCCUGUAAUCCCUAGCUAAAGGGGAUAAUUGUUGAUAUUCAAAUAUGGAGGGAGCAAGUCGUUUAGGAGAA